GGCUGUUACUUAACGCCUUUCAUUUCAUCUUUAUGUUUGAAAAUAUCUAACAUGUUUCUUCAAUUCCUACUAUAUCGUGUUCAGUUAAAUGCCAUGAAUUAAAUUGUCAAUGACUAUAUUCCUAAUUGCCUGUUAAUUUCACCAAAGAUCAAUUCGUUCUCAUCUAAAUCGUUUCUCCACUCUUUUUACUGUUUGUUUCCCAUUGAAAUGCAACUGUAAAUCAAAUGUUACAGUCUUUCUUUUUUUGCUCUCCAUUCAAUUAAAAAUUGAAUUCCUUUUUUCCUCUUUAGUGUAAAAUUUAAUUUGAUACACAAUUUUAAUUUGUUAUAAUCCAUUGAAAGUAACUAUUAAUCUCUAAAUUGGAUCAAUUUAUUAAAAAUUUGAUUGCUUUCUCUUCUCCAGUUGUACUGUUUUGUGUGGUGCCAUGUUUUGGAUGCAGACCCAGUGAUCGGUUGUAUUAACUCACCAGUCUACAUUUUUGUUUCACCUUUUUUUCUUGGACAAUCAAUCUUACUUUUAUUCAACUAGAAAUGAUUAUUUUGUAUUAUUUGAUGGUAAAAGAUUCAAUGGAUCUUCAUUUUAGGUUGAUUGCCGGGAGACGCUUGAAAUGAUUGGUUCCUAUCAUGACUGGUGACUAUUAUUUGAUUCCACCGGAAUGAAUUGUAUUGGAUUAUUUAAGAUUAUGUGAACCAAAAGGAAAUGAAGAGUGACACUAUAACCAUUUAUUGCACCAUUAAACUAAGCAAAAAAUUACAGCAAAUUUGUACAUAAAGAUACUGACAACCGUUGGCGUUCAUCAUUAUUUUCAUUUUGUUCAGCAUUUUAAAGCAGAAGAAUAUCCAUUUCUGCUAUCAAAUAUCUGGCAUCACCAUACAAAUUAAGAUUCAUAGGUUUGGAAUCAUCAAUCAAACUGAUCAAUCAACAAGUCAAUCAAUUUUCAAAGCUAGGAGUUAAUAGAUGCAGUGGUUUAUUGGUUGAAAAUGGUCAAGGAGAACCUGGCAAAAAUUAAACUUCAAAUUGAGUCGAAAAAGAUUUGAUCAAAUUAUCAGGUCUCAUGUGACAACAAUAGGAUCUAAAUGGUACCUUUCAAUGGCGAAACUCUUGGUCUCUGUUUCAAUCAAGGAGAAGGGAAUAAAAGCUUUUGAAACAAAAUUAGAUGUUACCAUGAAACUGGAAUGGAAUAGACAUGGAAUAUCGGAAUAAGAAUCUUGCAACUUGAAAAUAAAGAGGAAAAAGAAAGGAAAGACAAAGAAAGGAUGGAAAGAGAUGAUAAUUUAAAUGUUGGAAAGGAUUGAAAGGAUAGUCCAAGUCAGGUAGACUAAGAGAAAGUGGUUAUUCAACAAUUCAUGGGAGAUGAUCAAGAAGAUGGAGAGGAUGAAGAAGGUCGAAAUUUUAAGUGAGCCGAAAGAGAGAAUAGAAAAGAUAAAGAAAGAGUUUUAAUGUUAUCUCGAAUGUUUUCCUCUUUCCUGAGUUGAUUCACUAUCGUUCGUUGCUUCACCGCUUCUAUUCUGACUACUUUUGGAUCCUCCUUUAACCAACAUGUUGAAGUUGAUUUGGAUGAUGAUGAUGAUGAUGAUGAGCAUAAUGGAAAAAGUCGACUUUUUGGAGGACGACGACUAAACUUAAAUUCAUUCAUUCUUACUUUGAAACUGACUGCGGUAAACACCAGUUCAACUAUUCGCACUCUCUACAAGCACAACAAAUGCAACAAUCAACAGCCAAUUAACCAGCCAACCAGUCAAUCAACAGCAACACCAACAUUAUCACCACCAACAACAGAAAUAAAAACAAACGUUUUUUUCCCAACAAUUUAUCAACUCAGUUUAUCUCAGUUUAUUUUCAGUUUACUUUUGUUUCACUUUUCACAAUCUCUUACAAUUCUGAUUGUUGUUGAUCUUUUUUUGCCGCUGAUUUGGUUGUCUCCUUCAGUCUUGCCCUUUUAUCAUCACCUUUAACCUGUGAUGCAUCUUCUCACAUUUUCUUCCUCAUACGGAGGUUGACUUGGGUUAAACCGUUGUUUGAACCAUUGGAUCAUCAAAUAAUCUGACUGUUUCCCACAAAUAAACGGAUCAUAAUAUUCACUGUCAGUGCCUUAAAUGUGACUUUAAAACCAUCAUAUAUUGUUGACCGUUCAAUGUUAAACUAUGUAACUAGUUGAUGUGUUUCAUGCCCCUGCAUUUACCAGCAAAACUGGAACCGAUGGUUAAAUAGUUGAAGUGAAAUUGCUAUCUGUUACACACAACACAUCUCUAAAUUCAUCAUCAGAAUCAUCUGUUUUCUUCCAAUUCAUAUGUUAGUUUCAUCUAUUGUAAUUCAACGCCAUGGAUAUUUUUUUCCUUUAUUUUCCUCUCCUAUUGCUAAUCGGCCUUUCAGAACAAGAUGAUUUCAUAUCCAAUGGAUCCAGAGUAUUCAAGGAGCUGAAACUGAUACCUUUGGAUGCAAUAUUAGAGGAAACAACAUCAUCUUCAGUGCGAUUACCUGAAUUUAGUGAGACUCAUCAAGAAAAUGAUGAAGCUGGAAGAUCUCAUAAAAUGACAACACCAUUAUCGUCAUCGUCGUCACAAUCGUCUUCAUCGUCAUCACCAACACCAUCGACCAACAUUUAUAAUGCUUCAACCAAAAUAUAUAUUGUUGCCAUCAUCGGUAUUGUUCCUGCCAUUCUUGGUGGAUUAGUUUAUUGGCUUAAUUAUUUUCGUAAAUCGUGUUUCAAGACAAAACGUAAAGCGCAGGAAAAGAGCGCAAUGACGUCCAAGGGGUGGCAUGGUAAUUACAUUCGGCCCUAUCGGUAUGAGGGUAAAGAUGAAAGUACAAUUAAAUUAGGAUCAGAUGAAAUGAUGUCCAUUCAAGAUGAGAAGGAUUUGAUAACCUCUCCAAUUGUCCGUAAAAAGAGGACCUAUUCAAUUGAAUAUCCAAGGCACAAUCUAGAGUUAUUAGACAUUCUUGGUGAAGGCAAUUUUGGUCAAGUCUGGAAGGCGCGAAUAACCCAUUUUCGUGAAAUAUCUUAUGUUGCUGUUAAAACAAAUAAACCUGAUUGUGGGGACAAAGAUUGGGAAGAUUUACUUCAAGAGUUGGACAUUAUGCUUAAAUUGGAUAAACACCCAAAUGUUGUCCGACUUUUAGCUUGUUGUACUGAUAAAGUUCCGUAUUAUCUUAUCAUGGAGUAUGUUGAACAUGGUAAAUUAUUAAAUUACAUUAGACAGUAUCGAAAGGACAAUCGUUAUUACAAUGAUGGAUAUUACAGAUUUACAAUUGCUGAUUUAAUCUUAUUUUCAUAUCAUAUUGCCAAAGGAAUGGAGUUUAUAUCAAGCUAUGGAAUAAUUCAUCGAGAUUUGGCUGCAAGAAAUAUCCUGAUAUCCAAAGAUCGAGUUUGUAAAGUAGCUGACUUUGGGUUAGCUCGUAAUGCAACCAAUUAUGAUCGUGAUGGUUAUGAGCAAAAAACUCGAGGAGCAAUGCCGAUCCGUUGGAUGGCUCCUGAAUCAUUGAGCUUAAAUAUAUUUACUGCCAAAUCAGAUGUUUGGUCAUUUGGGAUACUUCUUUGGGAGAUUGUUACCUUAGGAUCAACACCCUAUCCUGGUUUAACAGCUGGUGAAGUGGUUAAAAAUGUCCGUGAAGGCUAUGUUAUGGAGAGACCGCCGGUUCGUUGGUGCAACUCAGAGGUUUACAACUUAAUGAAGGCCUGUUGGUCCAAUAAUCCUUCAGAGAGGCCAAACUUUACUCAAAUUAAAUUAAUUUUGGGUCAAAUGUUGAGUUCUCGUCGUGAUUAUGUUGAUCUAAGUGACUUUCAAUCAGGUCCUUAUUACAAUAUCAUGUACAGUUCACCGGGUGAAAAGGUUUAGUCAAAUCAAAUCUCAACAUCUUGAGUCAAUUCGACAAUCACUGUUAAUCAUUGCUAAUCAUUUCAAUAUGGAUCAAUUUUCGCCAAGCAACUUCGCAAAUUGAACCACUUCUGUCCACCAUCUUCAUCAUCAAAUGGCCUUUACUUUAUUUCAUCAAAUCACCAAAUAUCGAACUCAUCAUUUUCAGACAAAAAAAGACUUUAUUACUUUGCUUGACCAACAAUUAUUAUGUUAAUGAUAAUUUGCUCUCGUAUUUUUUACUUGU